UGCCGCGCCCGCAGCCUCCGCUCCAGCGGGCGCAGGCCCAGGCCCAGGCCCAGGCGCCGGGCCGCGCCGCGGGCAGAGGCCCAGGCCGGGCUCCCGGCUGCUGAGCAGGCCCCGCCGCCGCCCGCUCUCGCGCCCCUCGCCCCCUCGCCCCGCGGCUCCCAGACAUGACAGCCAUCAUCAAGGAGAUCGUGAGCAGAAACAAAAGGAGAUACCAGGAGGAUGGAUUCGACUUGGACUUGACCUAUAUUUAUCCAAACAUCAUUGCUAUGGGGUUUCCUGCAGAAAGACUUGAAGGCGUGUACAGGAACAACAUUGAUGAUGUCGUCAGGUUUUUGGAUUCAAAGCAUAAAAAUCAUUACAAGAUAUACAAUCUAUGUGCUGAAAGACAUUAUGAUGCCACCAAAUUUAACUGUAGAGUUGCACAGUAUCCUUUUGAAGACCAUAACCCGCCCCAGCUAGAGCUCAUCAAGCCUUUCUGUGAGGACCUGGACCAGUGGCUAAGUGAAGAUGACAAUCAUGUUGCAGCAAUUCAUUGUAAAGCAGGAAAGGGACGGACUGGGGUCAUGAUCUGUGCGUAUUUAUUACAUCGAGGAAAAUUUUUAAAGGCCCAAGAGGCUCUAGAUUUCUAUGGGGAAGUCAGGACCAGAGACAAAAAGGGAGUGACCAUUCCCAGUCAGAGGCGCUAUGUGUAUUAUUAUAGCCACCUGUUAAAGCAUCACUUGGACUACAGACCGGUGGCCCUGCUGUUUCACAAGAUGAUGUUUGAAACAAUUCCGAUGUUCAGUGGUGGAACUUGCAAUCCUCAGUUUGUGGUCUGCCAGCUGAAGGUGAAGAUUUAUACAUCUCCUUCAGGACCCACAAGGCGGGAAGACAAGUACAUGUACUUCGAGUUUCCCCAGCCUUUGCCGGUGUGUGGUGACAUCAAAGUGGAAUUCUUCCACAAGCAAAACAAGAUGCUCAAGAAGGACAAAAUGUUUCACUUUUGGGUAAAUACAUUCUUCAUACCAGGACCAGAGGAAAACUCAGACAAAGUAGAAAAUGGAAGUCUUUGUGGUGAUCAAGAGAUUGAUAGUAUUUGCAGUGCCGAGCGAUCGGAUAACGACAAGGAAUAUCUCAUACUCACGUUGUCCAAAAAUGAUCUCGACAAAGCAAAUAAAGACAAGGCCAACAGAUACUUUUCUCCAAACUUUAAGGUGAAGCUUUUCUUCACAAAGACGGUCGAGGAGCCGUCGAACCCCGAGGCCAGCAGCUCCACGUCGGUCACGCCGGACGUUAGUGACAAUGAGCCCGACCAUUACCGGUACUCGGACACCACUGACUCUGACCCAGAGAAUGAGCCUUUCGACGAAGAUCAGCACACACAGAUCACAAAAGUCUGAAUGUUGUUUUUUAUCUCGAGGGGGAAAGAGCAGAGACAAGCCUGAAGCCCCUGACAAGGGCCUUUUUCCAAUGGCAACAGGACAUUGUGUCAGCUGACCAGUGGCAGGACAGUGAGCCUUCCCUGAGCGGGCGGCGGGGCCUCUCCCCGGGCAGGCGGCCUUCGGGGGCCGCGCCGCGCGCCCGCCCGCUCCCGGGAAGGAGGCUGCCUCGUUCUCAUCUGUAUAUACCUUUUGUGUUCAGAGGACGCUUACAGUUUCAAUUAGGAAAAUAAAGAUGGCACUUUCCCCUUUUCCAGUUUUAUACAAGUGGAGGCAGACCUGGUGUGUGAUGCGUAGGGAUGACCCCUUUGUGUUCUGUCCCCUCCCGACGGGGCUGUCCCGGCUCCCGGCCUGCCCCUCGCACUCGCGUGGCCACAGAUAGGGCUGCCUUGGUGGCGAGCAGCUCCCUGGGGUUCGACUCCGCUGGAGUCGCAGGGGUGGGGGGAGGGGCGCGGAAGGCCCGGGCCGGCUUCCCUCCGCAGCUGCUCUGCCGGCACCUCUCCUUAGCAUGCUCCCGUACUCGGCCUGGACCGCGGGGAGCCCGCUGCGCUCUCCGCUUGUUGUUCGUGCAUUUAUUCUUUUCAGCAUAUUGGUGCUAGACAAGGCAGCUAGAAGGAGCGAUUCUGUAGUGGGGCAGGAAGGGACCUUCCGCAGCAGCAGUGGCUUCACCAUACAGCGGGGAGGCGCCCUCCCAGGCAGUGCUCAAGGUCCGAGGUCCUCAGUCCACCCAGCGGCCCGCUGCCCCUCCCCCCCGCGUCCCGCCCGCCCGGGCCUGCUCCGCAGGCAGUCAGCGAGACAGAAGACUCCCGAGGCAUCGCUCGGUCCCACAGCCGUCAGCCCCUGGACCUCACAUUCUAUCACCAUGAGUUUUGCAGUUUUGCACACUUUUUUUAAUGUCAUUAACUGUUAGGGAAUUUUACUUGAAGAAUACUUAGCACCUAGAAUGUUUAUAUAGGAAGAAAGACCAUGAUGCACGGUCAACGGGAAGCAAGGACCUUCUCGGCGCUGCCCGGCGGGAGAGGUGGGUCCUCCUCGCGGGAAGGCGCCUCCUGGCCGCCCGCGCGGUGUGGGCUAGCCGGAGAAGAGGCUUGUGCUGCGGCCGCGGCGCAGGGAGGGCUCGCGCUCCCCUUCUGGCCGCCGCCGUACAGCGCGCGUGCCCAGACUCCAGGAGAUGGCAGGGAGCGAGCAGCGCGCAGGGUAGAGCAGAGGGGAAGAUGCCGUUUUUAAAAAAAUGUUUUUUUUUCCAGAAAUUUGGUGUACUUCAAACUCUACUUCUAUCUUCAGAAAAUUCAAAUGCCAUUUCUUUCUGGUGUAAAAUCCCAUUUUAAUUCACUCCUUGGUGCUGACAUUGUUCAUUAGCUGUGGUCUGACCUCAUUACCGUAUUGAAUGGAGAAUGCAUUCGCCCUAGUACAGCAGCGUUCAUAGAGUUUGGACCGGAAGAGUCUUGGCGGGGGACGCGGCGCCCCGUCCGCGUCUGUUGGUCAGUUUCACUCAGCCGAUCAGCCAUUCACUUCCCCGCUCUUGUGAUUGACACGCUUGUCGUUGGCUAUCUCCGGGUACAACACCGUGCCGCUUGGCACCCGCGAGCGAGCGGGCGAGCGAGCCUGGUGAAAGUGACCAGCAGGAAGGAGAUAGGCAGCCUCGGGCAGACGCGAGAGCGCCGCCUGCCGGCGCCCCAAAGACGAGGCUUGCUGACGAAAUUCGAUGUUCGCGCUUCGAGAUACUUUAGUUAUUGACACUGUUCGCUCCCGUUUCGGGCUCAAGACAUGACGAUUUAAUUUGUAUUGUUCCAGCAGGUCCCGUCAAGGACUGGGUUGGAAGUAAUGACAUUCUAAUGGGCUUUUGCACUGUACUUCCUUUUCCUUUGGAAUGUGAAGGUCUGAAUGAGGGUUUCAAUUCGGAAUGUUUUCCGCAUUUUUGAGAAGCCUUGCUUACAUUUUAUGGUGUAGUCAUUGGAAAUGGAAAAAUGGCAUUAUAUAUAUAUAUAUUAUAUAUAUAAAUAUAUAUUAUAAUACUCUCCUAUACUUUAUUUCAGUUACCAUCCCCAUAGAACUUGACAAGAAUGACUACGACUGAAAGGUUUUUGAGUCCUUAUGGAAACUUUAUUUAUGACAGACAGUAUUCACAAGUAGCCUGAGAUGCAUUCUGUAGGUCAUCUCUUUGAGUUUCUGGACGGGUUGCUUAAACGUUCUGGAUGUGCAGCAGCUUACAGGUCUGAAAUUACUUGAAGGCAUCCACCCCUUUCCACAGAGCUCCCCUCGGCCCGUGCCGCCCCCCGUCCCCCGGAGCCCCGGCGCUCGGCCUCCUUGGGCCACCGUCCUCGAAGGGCAGUUGAACAGAGAGCGUAAAGAGGGUUUGCUGUGGUGUGGGCUGUCGCCCUCCGUGGAGUUUACAGGCAGCCUCAGAUGUUUCAGCUUUAAAAAAUUAAUUAGGGUGCAAGAUCCAUAUUUAGUCCUAGAAAAAGUGUGCAAUAUGUUGACGAAGGCUGUGGUUGCCACCAAGUGCCUCGUUCACCUUCAAAUACUGUUAGAGCGUCCUGCAUGCCGAUGGAGGGGGAGCCGGCCCCGCCCCGGGCCCCGAGGGGCCUCUCCUCUGCCCGCCCACAUCUCAGUCUGUUCCCUAUAGAGUAUCCCACAAAAGUCCAGUCUGUUCAACAGCCUUACUCGGACUCAGCCUCGAGAUCUCUCGUACUGUGCAUCAAUGGCUCCGUGUGUGAUGGGACGCACUGAGGACACACAACCACCACCAUACGAUGUGUACAGGAUAAUUAAUGCCUCGUACCAAUCAGAUGUCCAUUUGUUACUGUGUUUGUUAACCCUUUAUCUCUUAGUGUUAUAAACUCCACUUAAAACUGAUUAAAGUCUCAUUCUUGUCA